AUGCGUCCUUUCGUCCUCUCAACAGCGGUCUUGGUGACCGGCGCCGUCGCUCAGAAUGCCUGGAAAACUUGCUACGAUGGACUGUUCAUGAUUGCUGCACGAGGCACGAAUGAGGAAAAAGGAUCCGGUAGAAUUGGAGAGAUCGCCGAAGCUGUCGCUAAACGUAUCAACGGAUCCCACGUCUAUGGGCUCGACUAUCCUGCGUCCUUCCAGGAUCCGGCCUACGAGGACUCUGAGAGUGAUGGCGUGAAGAAGCUGAAGGAUAUUCUCGGCAGUUACUUCUACCAAUGUCCAAAGAACAAGGUUGCCGUCUUUGGUUACUCUCAGGGCGGCCAAGUCGCCAGCGAUGUCUUUUGCGGCGGAAGUGGUGGGGAUUUCCCAACAAACAAACCACUCACUGUGAACGAUGUCGAGAAAAACGUCGUUGCUAUCAUCACGUUUGGUGACCCAAGCCACGUGGCAAACGUCUCGUACGACCUAGGAAGCAGCAUUAACGACGGUAUUUUCCAGCGUAACGACACUAAGCUGUGCGAGGACAAGUACAGCGGCAUCCUCCACGCCUACUGUGACACAGGCGAUGUGUACUGCGACCGGGGUGAUGACACAGACGUCCAUAAGAGCUACUUUGAGAAGUACGGAAAGAAGGUUGAGGACCUUGUCGUGGAGAACUAUGAGAGCGCUAUGAGUGAGAGCACGACGACGCCUACCGCCGACGCGACCUCAUCAGCUACUUCCGCCGCAUCUGAGGUGACCAGUACAGAUGCUCCAGGUAAUGGUGCGUCUGGGUUGGUACCCGGUCUUGUCUUGUCCAUAGUUCCCCUGGCUCUAGGCCUGUCACAGCUACUGUAA